CGCGGGUAGCUGGGGCAUAGGGUGUUGUUGAAUUUGCCAUGAGGACAAGUGUGGUUUCAUUUGGCUAUGGCUCAUCUGGAGCAAGCCAAACCAGUCAUCCUGAUGCUGAGCCACACGUCCUGCUCGGGAGGAAGAUUGACAUUUUGCACGAGUUUGUUGAGAAAAGCUUUCGGCGGCAGGCCAAAUUAUUGCGGAUGGAGGUUCGCCGAAAUCUUCGUGCCGCCAGGGAACCAGAUCAAAACGAAGUUCCCAUAGACUUGGACUUCGAGUUGCAGACAGACUUCAACUUUGAAGAAGUUGAAGCUGACAAAAAAGCUGCUGAAACAGAAUCAGUGUCAGUACCGUUUGCAAGUAAAGAGGAUCAGUUCCAAACUCCGCCGUCUUCUCCGCCAGCUUCCCCACGGCAUCAACCCAGUAACGGUCCUUCGCGCCCAUCAAUGCGAUCACACCAGAGCCGACCUAGCACCGUCGGUCAACACAGAUCAAGCCUUGGAAGCGCGUUCACCACCUUCACAGGAACCUCUGGACGCCGGUCGCUGUUGAGCAGUGUUGGUGCCUCAUGGAGAUCUGGAAGCCGUCUCAGAUUGAGCGGUGCCAGUGAACUUACUUCAUCUACGAUCCAGACAGGUCAUAAGACUCUCCACAGUGUUGGGACUGAAGGGACAGCUCGAAGUCAUCGAAGUCUUUGGAGCCUCCACACCAACCGGUCUAAUCGCUCAAACACAUCUAACCAAACAAGCAACCGCUCAGCCGAUCGCAGUUGGGAGACUGGCCAAAGCUCACCGAGCUCACCAGACUCUUUUUUAAAGGAGCAUUACGACCAGCACUUGGCCACCGCCCAAAUUCAGGCUAUGUGGAUGACUCGUCGCAGGUUCUUUUCAGACACAAGUAGCAACAAAGAAAGGGGAUGGCAGUCCUUUGCGGAAGAAAUGAUCGACUCAGCCAUGUUCUCGUACAUCCUUACCCCUUUGAUUCUCCUUCAUGUUAUCCUCAUGGGGGUAGAAGUGGAUGUAUAUAUUGCCAGUGGCCCUCUUGGAAUGCCAUCAUGGAUUAGCAUUGUGAAUUUGAUCUUGGUGAGCCUCUUCAUGUGCGAGUUGUUGCUGAAGUUUGCAGCACUGGGUUGCCGCAAGUUCUGGUGUGGCACGGAUUGGGCAUGGAAUACCUUUGAUGCCUGUGUGAUCUCCUUGUCCGUUGCAGACGUGGCCCUUGAUCUCCUGUUCACCGCAUCGGUUCAAGCUGGCCAAGUGAGGGUUUUCCGCAUGGUUCGCAUUUUCCGCUAUCUGCGGAGCAUUCGAGUGGUUCGGCUUUUCCGCUACAUAAGCGCUCUGCAGGUAUUGAUUUUGUCUAUCAUCGGGACCAUGAGCUCGUUGGCUUGGACGCUGGCCCUUCUGCUAUUGAUCAUCUACAGCUUUGCGGUUGUCCUAACAGAACUAGUUGUCGAGCAUUGCAGCACACUGAUUCCUGGAAACAGCACAGAGUCUAGCUCUGUCGGGGGUCCCUUGGCCGGGUGCUCAGCACAAUUGACCGACCACUGGGCAAAUGUGGCAGAGAGUAUGAUGACGCUGUUCAUGACCAUAUCCCAGGGCUUGAAUUGGGAGGAAUUGGUCACACCUCUCCGGGAGUUCUCCAUCGUGCCGGUCGCUCUUCUUCUGCUGUAUGUGGUGAUAGCAAUUUUUGCGAUCCUCAAUGUAGUUACCGGGGUUUUUUGCAACACUGCCAUAGACAGCGCCGGGGCAGACAAAGACGUACGAACGCUCAAGCAGAUCCAAGCAAGGUCGCAACAGGUAGAGCUUUUGAAGCAAGUUUUCAGUGAGAUUGACUUUGAGAAAGUGAACGAAAUCAGCUUGGAGGACAUAAAGCGGUGCUUGGGCAACGACGAUCUAGCCGACUUUUUGGAAUCCAUGGGCAUCUCCACCGAUGAUGUUUGGACUCUUUUCAUGCUGCUGGAUUCUGAUCAUACUGGUCUCCUUGACCUGGAUGAGUUUGUCUCGGGCUGCAUGCAGCUUCACGGGCCUGCCAAGAGCAUCCAGGCGCAACGCAAAGAUGUGUUCAGUCACUUGCCCACAGUUCCGGGCUUAGCGACACAUGAUUUGAUGAUUGGCUCUGAUCUGCGAUGCUACAGGUUGCCAAAAUGAGCUAUGAGAACAAGCCACCCGGAUCAUGAAAACCGCGCUUAAAAUCGGCAAGGCCCUUUUGCCAUGUGGCGUUUCUGAGGCUCAUCCGGUCAGCAAUCAGAAGCUUGAGCAAGGACAUUGAUGCUAUCAAGUAUUGCCUUGGGCAGCUGCCAGCCCCCCUGCCCAUGCUGGAGGAAACUGAGGAUGCAACAGACGUUUCAAUUUGAAGUGUCGGCACUUCUUUGCAUUUUGUUCAUGCAAUUGUGCGGCCAUUGGGUUUGGCAGAUUCCUUCGAUACCAUGUUCCCGCCCUGGAUUUGACCAGAAGCCCAAAGGGCCGGUCAAAGGUAGAACAGAUUCAGCCUAGGCAACCUAGACUGCAAGGUCUUUACGGCCCCAAUUUUGUCUCACUCCUAGCUGGCUUUCCAGAUCUGGAGGCCAGCAUCGACGCCGAAUCGCCGACAACGAGCAAAGCGUAGUAAGCCAGGACUGCAACGUACGGGUUUGUGACGUCCU